UACCACAAGUGAUAAUGAUGUAAUAGAAGAUAAAGAACAAAAUGAAAUGACAACUGAUAAUGAGGUAAUAGAAAAUGGUGAUCAGAUUGAUACCACAUGUGAUAAUGAAGAAGAUGAUGAAUAUAAUGAAACCACAAGUGAUAAUAAAGUAAUAGAAGAUGAUGAACAUAAUAAAACCACAGGUGAUAAAGAGGUAGUAGAAGAUGAUGAAAACAAUGAAACCACAAUUGAUCAUGAAGUAAUAGAAGAUGAAGAACAGAAUGAAGCCACAAGUGAUAAUGAGGUAAUAGAAGAUGAAGAACAGAAUGAAAUAACAACUGAUAAUGAGGUAAUAGAAAAUGGUGAUCAAAUUGAUACCACAUGUGAUAAUGAAGAAGAUGAUGAAUAUAAUGAAACCACAGGUGAUAAUGAGGUAGUCAAAGAUGAUGAAAACAAUGAAGCCAUAAGUGAUAAAGAGGUAACAGAAGAUGAUGAACAGAAUCAUACCACAAGUGAUAAUGAUGUAAUAGAAGAUAAAGAACACGAUGAAAUAACAACUGAUAAUGAGGUAAUAGAAAAUGGUGAUCAAAUUGAUACCACAUGUGAUAAUGAAGAAGAUAAUGAAUAUAAUGAAACCACAGGUGAUAAUGAGGUAGUCAAAGAUGAUGAAAACAAUGAAGCCAUAAGUGAUAAAGAGGUAACAGAAAAUGAAGAACAGAAUCGUACCACAAGUGAUAAUGAGGUAAUAGAAGAUGAUGAACAGAAUGAAGCCACAAGUGAUAAUGAGGUAACAGAAGAUGAGGAACAGAAUGAAGCCACAAAUGAUAAUGAGGUAACAGAAGAUGAAGAACAAAAUGAAAUGACAACUGAUAAUGAGGUAAUAGAAAAUGGUGAUCAGAUUGAUACCACAUGUGAUAAUGAAGUAAUAGAAAAUGGUGAUCAGAUUGAUACCACAUGUGAUAAUGAAGAAGAUAAUGAAUAUAAUGAAACUACAGGUGAUAAUGUGGUAGUCAAAGAUGAUGAAAACAAUGAAGCCAUAAGUGAUAAAGAG